UAUAAAAAUAAAAGUACACUAACUUUAGCUUACAAUUAGUCUCUACAGUUUUUAGUCGGAGCAGUAAUUUUAUAAUUUUAUACUCACACCGACAUCAUCAUUUUAGCCAUGCAUGAGCACCAGCAUGAGCAACUGCAUGAGGAUUUUCUGGCGCAGCCCUCAAAGGUAAACGAUUUGAUGAAAUUCAUUAGCGACAUCGCAAAUGCCAACAAAAUGGAAGGCGAUGACAAGAAAAAGGAAGCCAAAGCUGAAGUUGAUAUUAGCGCGGGUGUUACGGACACCAGCUUUAUGGUCAUGAAGCGUUACGUAUCCAACUCCAAACGGAGCAGAAAUAGUUCCAAGCGCACAGCGGUUAAAUCAAAUAUGAAUCAAAUGACAUUUAUGCGACAAAUUGAAAGUACUCAAGAGGAGCGCGAAAAGACUCGCAUUGAACGCAUGCGUAUCGCUAACAAUUAUCGCAGACUGGGCAAUUGCGAAUAUCGCAGGACUAUGUAUGACAAGGCCAUAGAAUUUUAUAGCAGAGGAUUGGAUUAUAUUACAGAUACCCCAGUGUUGUUUUGUAAUCGCGCCUUGUGCUACAUCAAAAAACGUGAUUUCAAACGCGCUUUGAUGGAUCUGGAGCAUGUGCUUAAUGAUUUGGAUCAGAAGUGCUUGCGUGCCUGGCUCUAUAAGGCAGGUGCCUUGAAGCGCCUAAAUAAUGAGGCUGGCUUCGAAGAAUGCAUUGACAAUGCGCGUCGUUUCAACAGAGCCAAUUUGGCUUAUGUUGAUGUAUUUCUAGAGAAAAUGCGCUCUGAUUUCUGAAUGACAUUUAUGGUUAUUAAAACAUUGUUAGUGCUGUCGGCCACAUAAUUGUUUAAAUGCU